AUGCACCCCUUUUCCAUCCUCACCCUUGGGAUCUUUGUCGCGGGCUACAUCACCGCCAGGUGGGAUCUUGUGACCCGCCUGUACGAAUUGGCCAUCUUUGCGUGGGAUCACGGAGUCGUGACACGAACGCUAAAGGGAUUUGUAUUCUUGUCCUUUUUCUUUUUCCUCCUCGUCCUACCGAUCAACCACAUCGCUUCGAAAGAGGGUAAUCAGGAUGACAACAUGCUGAUGAGCGAUGGAUUGCUGCGGGUAUUCUGGCCAUAUGAUCUCCCGCGAUCAUCUUCGCCGGGAGUAAUAGUGGGAUGGCGAAAUUCGGAGCUCGACUUGUUUAUCUUGACCGUCUUGGAAGAUGUUGAGCCUCGAAAUGUUGACAAUGCGCUUCGUGCGGGCAUACUCUUUCGAAAUAGCCCGCAUCCAAUCGUUCGAAUCUUUACCCUCUGCGGACGAUCUCAGAUGCAUGUUCUCGGCUCCACGAAUUCGCGCACUCCGCCGACGUCAUUUAAUCCCUCCCAUCUCUAUCUCGAUACACACCCGUCAAUGAAAGCGCCACAAAUAUACUGCCCGGCGGAUGCCAACCUGUCGGUUCAGGUCAUAAUGUACCAUCGCCCGCAUCCGACGCGCAUGGAGUACAUGUCAUUAGACCCCAUUUCACUUGCGUUGGGUGAUAAGGUCGCAACAACGGGAAAGGGCGGUUCGCUAUCAGAAAAAAUCGAGUCGGAGGAAGAAAAAGAAAAAGCACGAGCUGGAGUCCUGGUUGAGAAAUUGAAGCUCCACACUGUUGUCAAGCACAUUCCGUCGCAGAAGGAACAGGCUCUUCCGCUUAUCAUCAACCAGGUCAACUGUGCCUACGAGAUGGCGCAGUUGAUGCACAAAAACAGUCAUCUCAUUGGGAUCCGCGCAAAGCGAAGCAUGAGUGUUGGAGAGCGUGUAGUGGAAUCCGCUACAACCUUAUGGGGUUUCAUUGUGCUCUGCAUUGCUCAUGUUUUCUGGCAAUGGAUAUGGCCCGUCGUCACUCGGCUCUUCGUCAUCGGUCUUGUGGGACACCGAUCUAUCGCAGAGAUUGUUCUACAGGUCCUGGAGUGGCGAGCUCGUCCAGACGCUGCCGCUAUCAAAGAUAUCUCAGCGACAGCUCAGCAAGUUGAUAUACGACUACAGCAAUUUUGCUACUGGCCUAUUCAAUAUGUCAAAUUGCGCCAGCGGAAGGACAACUGGGAAAGUGUGACAACCAGCCACCCGGAUUACAUUCGAUUCUAUAACAGCCUUUGGCUUGUUGCCAAUGAUGUGAUCAUCGGCAUUGCUCUUGGGUCCUAUAUUAUCGAUAACGCAAACUGGGUGGCUUCGCAAAUCAACACCAUUUUGACCGGUUGGACAGUGGAAGGCUUACAGCGGACUAUAUCCUGGCUGAUGGACUGGCCUGCGGGCUUGAAGCUGAACAAUGAGCUUGCGGCUUUUCUGGGUGACCUAUUCCUGUGGGUCAUCGAAAACUGGGCAGCUUGCAUUGCCAACCUUCAGCCCUACCUCCCGGCUGUCAUCUACAUUGUCGGUUGUUCCAGUUUCGCGGGGGCCAGUAUGCCCAUCGCGCUCUUCUCUGAUCUCCUUUCGAUCCUGACCAUCCACAUCUACUCCUUCUACAUUGCCUCUGCGCGCAUCUUCAACUGGCAGCUUACGAUCAUCAUCUCACUUUUCCAUCUUUUCCGCGGGAAGAAGCGAAACGUCCUGCGCAACCGAAUCGAUUCAUGCGAUUAUGACCUCGACCAACUCCUACUGGGCACUAUCCUGUUCACAGUGCUCUUCUUCCUCUUACCCACUGUCAUUGUCUUUUAUUUGACAUUCGCUUCGGCCCGCAUGUUAAUCAUCUCUAUGAAAGCUGGCCUGGAUACCUGGCUUGCAUUUCUGAAUCACUUCCCGCUAUUUGCCUUGAUGCUGCGCGUCAAAGACUCGAGACGACUUCCCGGUGGUAUCCGGUUUGAACUGAAAGAUGAACUGGACAAACAGGCUGCGAAUCCAGCUUCUUCUACCGUGUCCUACAUUCAUUUCGAGUCUAUCCCUUUGCCACUUCGUGCCAUGUUCGACCAGUACUUCCAGCUCGGCCAUCGACUUCGCAAACAUUAUCUGGCGCCCCGCGUCAUCUUCUGUCUUGUUACCGGCCGCUUCGUGCCACCUAUCCAUCGUCGCAACCUAUACAGUAUGCAGUACAGCAUGCUUCCAGCACGUCGUGCUGGGAUGGCAGACGUCUGGGCGAUGCUUACGCAGCCGAAGAAGAGCAGUAGUGGCAGUGGCGGCUCCGGGCCAAUAAUGGUUGGAGGCAUCGGGGGUCUGGGCGGACCAGUACCUAAGGUGCCGCCUAAUUUUGGACAGAACGAUCCUCGGAGAAGGGGCCAUCGGUGA